AUGACUGUUGCGGGGGAAAGAAGGUUAUUGCAACUGAAUAAGCUUGAGGAGUUUAGACUCCACGCCUAUGAAAAUACCAAGCUUUACAAGGAAAAGACCAAAAGAUGGCAUGACAAGCAAAUUCAAGUUAGGGAAUUUGAACCUGGACAACUUGUGUUGUUGUUUAAUUCACGGCUUAAGUUGUUUCCGGGUAAAUUACGAAUGAAGUGGUCUAGACCUUUUGAAGUGGAGCGUAUGACACCCCAUGGAGCUGUGGAGUUAUGGAAUAAAGAGAAGACAGAGAAGUUCCUUGUGAAUAGACAGCGUGUAAAGCAUUAUUGGGCAGAUCAUCCGGAUAAGCACAAGGAAUCCAUCACUUUUGCUGAUGAAUGA